CUCUCCUUCGUUUGCCGACUCGUGCGUCAGACUUCUUGAUAACUGACACUUGACAAGUGUCAUUAAGGAAUUCUUGGCGCAAUCGUUGGUUUUCAUGCCUGCGUCGUAAAGUUUCAAUUCUCCCGGCCGUAACGGCGUGGUAAGGGCUCGUCAAAUCUGCUCUCCAUUUCUCUUCGAUUUUGCAUUUCCCUUUAAAAGGACUUUCACCCUCGAAGGAAGUUUCUCUGCAGAAUUUCAAGAUCUCUUUCUUCGAGUCCUUUAUCCUCCAGACUCGGGUUAGGAAUGCUAGAUUCAUGAAGUCUGUAGGAACUGGAAAUGCCUCUGUUAGGUAAGAAGAUAAGACCUUCCAAGGCGAGACCAAGACCCUGGCGAUCAUGCGUACGCAGGUCUCCGAAGCGAUAACUUCGACAGGCUGCGCAGCGCCUUUCAGGGGAAGCACGUCUUGCAUUCGCAGACGUCAUCGGGAAUCAAACGGUGGUUUUGUCAAAAUUAAUGCCCAGUCACGUGGAAGUCGUGCAGAGACUCGGGUGGCGGAUUCCGAUAUUGCCUCUGUUUCUUCGCAUUCCAGCACGAGUCGGUGCGGUAUACAACAAUCGAGUGGCUUCAGAAAAGACGUCCUGGUCGUUCCUCGGAAAAUCAAACCAUCCACCGUGGGAAAGAGAGUGACGAUGGAGGGAGUCGAAAGGUACAAGUCCACAACGAACUUGUCCCUAACCUCGCCAAGGUCUACAGAGGUGUCAGUAACGAACGAGCAGAGUACGAGGCUCUCGACGACGAUGCACCAGGACGCGCACCAUUCCUCACCAGGAAAGUCGAUGAUGAAGAGGUCUAGGAAGCACCACAGUCAUCGAACUCGCGCACCGGUUUCCAUCUUGAAGAAUAAGUCGUUCGAUGGCGAAGUAGACCAAUCCCCGCCGAGGUCCCCCCACUCCCCGGCCCAUGCCGCGCUCUCAUUGGUCGGCGAGCAGCCAAUCAGCGCUCGCGAAUUAGGUAGAGGGGAAACUCACGCCUCAAGGUCGGAGAACCCUGAUAGACUCGAAGGGGAUGCAGACUCUGUUCCAGGGUUGGAUCCCGUAGCUUCUAUAAAUUCCGAGAACUCCAUAAAUUUGGAGGAUUCUUCGAGAAGAAAUGAUCAGAACUUCGUGAGACGUCUUCAGGAUUCAGAGCCAUCGUCGCCGAGUCGAUCCUCCAUCCUGAAGAGACCUGGGGAAGGUGGCUCGGUGACUCUUCGGGAAGGUGAAAACAUUUCGUGGAGGAUGAGAUCAGUUGUGGAGAGGAGAGUGGUCAUCGAUGUAUCAGACAGACCUAUAUUUAAUGUUAACUCGCAUUUUAAUGAAGCACAUAUCGAGGAGAGGUUAGAAAGGGUGCAGAGUGAGGUUCGAGAGGGUUCGCUGCCUCCGUCACCCUGCAAAUCCUCCAUCUUGAAGAGAGUCAGUGACGGGUGUGCAUCUUCGGUGCUUCAAGAUGGGUUUAAUGUGCUUCGUAAGGUGAAGACAUCUCCUGAAAGGAGAGUGGAGUGUCUAGAAAGGUUUACCUCAGGGUCUUCAUCUGCAUUGAGUUGUGUGCUUUCUAGAGACGGGGCCUUGAGCGAUCAGGAUUCGCUGCCUUCGUCUCCCUGCAAGUCUUCGAUCUUGAAGAGAGUUAAUGAAAGUUGUUCGCCUUCAGUUCUUCAAAAUGGAUUUAAUGUUUUCCGUAAAGGGGCAAACGAUCAGACCUCGAAGAACUGUAAUUUGAGUCUUCAGGACUCACAGCCUUCGUCACCUAGCAAGUCUUCGAUCUUGAAGAGAGCUAAUGACGGUUGUUCGUAUUCGAUGCUUCAAGAUGGGUUUAAUGUGCUUCGCAAGGUGAAGACGUCCCCUGAAAAGAGAUCAGAGUGCCUAGGAAGGUUUACUUCAGGCUCCUAUUCGUCAUUAAACUCUAUGCAUUCCGUAGAAGUGUCCUUGGGAAGUGACCAGAACUCGAAGCACUCAAACCUCCCUCUUCAGAAUUCGCAGCCUUCGUCCCCCAGCAAGUCUUCGAUCUUGAAGAGACCAAAUGAAGGAUGUUCAUCAUCAACUCUUCAAGAUGGCUUCAAUGUAAUGCGUAGAGUGAAGUCAUCCCCUGAAAAGAGAGUAACGAUGGAGUGCCCGGAAAGGAUUACUUCAGGUUCAUCUUCGACAUUGAGCUCCGAGACUUUGAAGCACUCUAACUUCCCUCUUCAGGAUUCGCAGCCUUCGUCUCCCAAUAAGUCUUCGAUCUUGAAAAGACCAAGCGAAGGAUGUUCAUCGUCUCUUCAAGAUGGUUUCAAUGUGCUUCGAAGAGUGAAAUCAUCCCCAGAAAAGAGAGUGACGAUGGAGUGCCCAGAAAGGUUUACAUCGGGUUCUUCUUCGUCAUUGACUUCCUUGCACUCCAUAGAGAUGUCGUCCUUGAGUGAUCAGAAUUCGAAGCACUCCAACCAGUCUCUUCAAGAUUCGCAGCCUUCGUCUCCCAGCAAGUCUUCGAUCCUGAAGAGGUCCAACGAGGGAGGCUCUAGAGAUUCUUCGCUGCAGCGAUGCACAGCUCCAGUAUCGAUCCUGAAGAACAAGUCAACUCCUGAAGAGCAAGGUCCUCUGCACUCCUCUCCUCCGGUGACCUUCUCGAUGGACAGAAGACAUGGGAUCCUGAAGAAGCGCAGCAGUCUGGACGAGAACGAGAUCCUAAGGAGGAGGAGCCGCUCGCCUGACGUCUCGCAGACGACCUUCCAGGAGUUCCGGCCGAUCCUGAAGAACCAGCGGAGGUCCUCGCUGGACGAGAUCGUCCGGAGGACCCGGAGCCCGGACUCGCACCCGCCGUCGAUCCUGAAGAGGAGGUCCUCGUCGAAGGACGAGGAGAAGGACGAGCGCCAGCAGUCGAGCCUCUCGGAGCCGCAGAGCAUCCUGAAGAGGAAAUCAUCAGGAGGAUCGAGCAUCGGAGGUCACCACGCGACAUCGGCGUCCUCUUCAGGGCCGGAGGACUCGACGGACCCCUCGGAGGUUCGGCCGAUCCUGAAGAAGAAGUCGACGAGGGAGGAGAACGUCCCCAGCGAGGCCAGGCCGAUCCUGAAGAAGAAGUCCAGCACCGACUCGGAGGAGCACGAGGACAGGCCCAAGAGGACCAUCCUGAAGUGCACCCUGAGGAGCUCCCAGGACGAUUCCACCAGCGAGUCCUCCUGCCUUGCUUCGCCGAAAAAGCUGACCUUCCUCGGGAACAGGUCCUGCCAGUUCGGGUCCAUCCUGAGACAGGCUCUCGGGGUACAUGGGUACGUCACUCUCGGAGAUGAGGACUUCGAGAUCCCGAUGGACCCUAGGGAGGGGAUCCUGAGGAAGAGGGCGCAGUCCGUAGGUCACGUCAGGGUUGCUAACUUCGGGGGGGAGGUCCUGGACAGGAGGUCCUGCGAGUCCGCCUCCUUGGACGAUGUCAGGCAGGGGAAGCGUCAGGUCGAGGACACCCUGAAGCCCAUCCUGAAGCAGCCGGGGGGAGAGGGCGAAGAAGUCACGCAGAAGCGUGGGAAUUUUUUGGACGAUGCGAUGAUCAGGAGGCGCGGCCAUUUCUUGGACGGUCCCGUCGAGGACCUGGGGGGAGACUCCUCAGGGUGUCUUAGACAGAUGACCUUGAGGAAACGGGCACAGUCCGCGGGCCAUAUUAAGAUUGGAAAGUUUCGAGAGGAGUUCCUGGAGAGGAGGUCCUUGAACGACGUCAGGAAGGAGCAACCCUCCAACACUGGGUCUUCGAGAUCCUCCAUCCUCAGAUCUGAAAAAAAGGACUCGGAGCCGCAGGAAGUGCAGUCGGACAUUUCGGAGUACCCUGGUACCAUCCAGGAGACCCUGAAGAGGUCCGACGAGGACUUUGGCGAGAGGAGGGUCUCCUUCGAGGUCUCCGAGAGCCCGAAGAGGUUGCCGACGAGGCGACCGUUUCUUCAGGGUGAUCAUCAAGGAGGUCAUCAGGAUGUUCUCCAAGGCACUCUUCAGGGUGUUCUUCAGGACCCUUCCCACGGGGAGUUGAGGGUAAUCGGCUCCCUGGACGAGGAGAUCGAUUUUUCUAGACUGAGUUUAGCUGAUCGCAGGUUCUCCAGGAAUGGCUCCCUUGAUCGCUUGCGAUCCACCAGGUCCCGAGUCUCGGAGAGGAGCUGCAAGAUGCAAGUUGGCUCCUCCGGAGAUCCUGAAGUCUGCCACAAAGUGUCUCGACUCAAUGCCAGCUCCUCUCGUCGCUCUUCUCCCGACUCGUAAUACCUUGCUUUCCAUGGGGUUUCCUGCCUUGAUUUUAGCUUUUGUCAUUGCCAAGAAACGGAAGUCUUCUCGCAGGAGGUCGCGUCACCCGGGAACCUGAGAAGAAGAACCUGAAGAGUUGCGAAGAGCAACGUCAAACUUCAUGCAACUCUAGGAGGGACCUCUUCAGGAUCUUAAGGACCUUUUCAUCGUCGACUUGCAACAAUUCAUUCCUCUGAGGAUAAAAAAAGAACUGCCCUCUUCCAGUAAAACU